AAGUUAACGCAUAAGGGAGCAUGUACCAUUCUUCAUGGGUCUCCUUUUCUGACUCAGGAACCAUUAAGGCUUGGUUGGCGAAGUAUCCCUUCUUUCCUUCCUUCCUCUUCUCUUCCUAACCAUAAAAGACAAUAAAACCUUUAAACUCUGUUACUGCUAUUCCCAAGUCUCUCUAUAAAUUCUCUGGAAAAGGCAAAUUCCUGUUGAAUUCAAAUCUCUUGCUUUCUUUUUCUUCUUCUUACUCUUUCUAGAAAAUUUUCAAUUCUUCAGAUUCUUCUUGAAGUGCCCAAUUCCCAAUUUUGUUUUCAUUUUUUCUUAUCUUAAUUUUGGAGGCAAUAAUUUGUUGCUAAAGGAUUGACAUAAAGUGAAAAUGUUUAACGGAAUGAUGGAUCCUGAGUUAAUCAAACUCGCUCAGGAACAAAUGAGUCGCAUGUCUCCGGCCGAGUUAGCCAAGAUCCAACAACAGAUGAUGGCUAACCCAGAUUUGAUGAGGAUGGCCUCAGAAAGCAUGAAGAACAUGAGGCCUGAAGACUUGAGACAGGCUGCAGAACAGUUAAAGCAUACUCGUCCAGAGGAGAUGGCUGAGAUUGGUGAAAAAAUGGCCAAUGCAUCACCUGAAGAGUUAGCUUCCAUGCGUACCCGUGUUGAUGCCCAGAUCACUUAUGAAAUAAAUGCAGCUCAAAUGCUGAAGAAACAGGGUAAUGAACUUCAUAGCCAGGGAAGGUUCGAAGAUGCCUUGCAGAAAUAUUUACUUGCAAAGAAGAACCUAAAAGGAAUUCCAUCCUCCAAUGGCAGAUCGCUUAAGUUGGCGUGCUCUCUUAACCUGAUGUCAUGUUACCUGAAGACAAGGCAGUAUGAAGAAUGCAUUACAGAAGGCUCCGAGGUUUUGAAAUAUGAUUCCAAGAAUGUCAAAGCCCUCUAUCGCAGGGGUCAAGCCUAUAAAGAACUUGGCCAAAUGGAAGAUGCUGUCUCUGAUUUGAGCAAGGCACAUGAAGUUUCUCCUGAUGACGAAACUAUUGCAGCUGUUUUAAGGGAUGCCAAGGAAAGAUGGACUCAAGAAGGUGGCUGUCGUGAACCAAGCAGAUUAGUAAUUGAGGAAGUAACAGAAGAAGUUGGAACUAUAUCUUCUCAAAAUCCAGGUUCAUCUGCAGAAUUUUCAGUGUCACCACCACAGGAGCGUGUUGAAGCACCUAACAGUGAAAGUAGGGAUCGUGUCAGGGGUAUGACCACUAAUUCAGAGUCUCUGCAGGCUUUAAAGGAUGACCCAGAAGCUAUAAGAACGUUCCAAAAUUUUAUUUCUACUGCUGAUCCUGAAACUUUAACUGCUUUAAGUGGUGCAAAAGCUGGAGAUGUGUCCCCAGAGAUGUUCAGAACUGCCUCAAAUAUGAUCAGCAAAAUGUCACCUGACGAGCUCCAGAAAAUGCUUCAAAUGGCAUCCUCAUUUCACGGGGAAAACCAAUUUGUUGGCAGUGGUUCCUCGGAUGCUAGUUUUAACAGCUUCAGCGUUGGUUCAGUACCUCCAAAUGUGACACCAGAUAUUCUUAAAACAGCGACUGAUAUGAUGAGUAAGAUGCCCCCUGAAGAGCUUCAGAGAAUGUUUGAAAUGGCUUCCUCUUUGAGAGGACAAGAGACAGUUCAGACAGCAUCAGCUGCAAAUGCUGACAGACUAACUUCAGAAACUGGGUCAAAACUGACAGGACAUCGAGGAAAUCCUGCGGUUGAUAGAAAUAGCAUCACUAGUGAAACUAGUUCCUCCAAUGGUUUAUUUGCACACUCAAGGAAUGCUUCUCAGCCUAAUUUUUCUGGCUCAACUGCUGAUAUGCAAGAACAAGUUAGAAACCAAAUGAAAGAUCCAGCUAUGCGACAGAUGUUUACAUCCAUGAUGAAGAAUAUGAGCCCAGAGAUGAUGGCUAACAUGAGUGAACAAUUUGGAUUGAAACUUUCUCCUGAAGAUGCAGCAAAAGCUCAACAAGCCAUGUCAUCUUUAUCACCUGACGACUUGGACAGGAUGAUGCGAUGGGCGGAUAAGAUUCAAAGAGGAACUGAGGGCGCAAAGAAGGCAAAGAACUGGUUACUAGGAAGGCCCGGUAUGAUUAUGGCGAUAUGCAUGCUCAUCUUGGCCAUGGUCCUUCACUGGCUGGGCUACAUUGGGAGGUAGGGAGGAAACAACUCUUUUAAAAGUUUUGUCAGGUAAGUUUGGCCUCCUACAGCCAGAUACAAUGCUCUGAAGUCUGAACCAUAUGUCUAUCCUUGAAAUGAGGAUGGUAAGUAGAAAUCAAAGCAAUGGUACCAUGGAGAGAAUUGAGAGAUUAGGGAGUCAGAUGCAAUAUGGGCAUUGGGUAAAGAAGAUGAUACUCAUAAUUGUUUGAUUUGUUACUUUUUAUUAUUCUUUUUGAACUGUAGAGAAGAGAUAAGAAUUCUAGAACGAUCUCAUCAAGGAGAAAUUCAAAGCUAUUAAACUGAUAUCCACUAACUUGUAAUAUUAUAAUCUGUUUGGUGUGCAACAUAUUUGAGCCAUAUGAAACUCACCUUAACAAAAUUAGGAAGUUUCUUUCCA